GUAGUUGUAGUGCUACAGGACAGUAGUGGAUCAAUGUGACUUUAGGAGGCAUUAAAUCUGAGUGAAAAUACAUCAUUGAGUUACUGGUUCCUAAAAUAUCAAGAUGGCUAAUACCACUGUGCCUGUGACCCUCUCAUCCACCAUCAAUAUUUCCACCUGCAAUACCUUAUAUGCCCACCGCGACUACGCCCGGGUCUUCAUGCCUAUUGUCUAUUGCAUUGUAUUCGUUGUGGGUCUGUUUGGAAACGGCCUCGCCCUCCAUGUCAUCCGUCCCAAUCUGAAGAAGAUCAACUCCACCACCUUGUACUCACUCAACUUGGUCAUUUCUGACAUCCUCUUUGCCCUCUCUCUUCCUGUGAGGAUUGCCUACUACGCCUAUGGCUUCAAUUGGCGUCUGGGUGAGACAAUGUGUAAAAUCUCAGGCCUCAUCUUCUAUAUCAACACCUACGCUGGGGUCAAUUUCAUGACCUGCCUCAGUGUAGACCGUUUCAUUGCUGUGGUCCUGCCGCUGCGCUAUGGCCGAUGUCGGAGGGUUAGUAACGUACGCUACAUAUGUGUUGGCGUGUGGCUGCUAGUCCUAGCGCAGACCCUCCCCCUGCUCAACAUGCCCAUGACCCAAGAGGAACCAGAUGGCUCUAUCACCUGUAUGGAAUACCCCAACUUUGAGAAAGUUCCCCAUAUUGCCUCUAUUCUGAUUGGUGCUGUCUUUCUUGGAUUUGUCAUCCCUGUGGUCACCAUCCUGUUGUGUUACUCAGUCCUGUGCUGUAAACUCCACUCCACAGCUAAGACCAACCAUUUGACUGAAAGGUCUGGCCGGAACCGCAAGGCCAUCGGUGUGAUCUGCUGCGUGUCCCUGGUGUUUGUCGUCUGUUACAGUCCCUAUCACAUUGACAUUCUGCAGUACAUGAUCCGCAAGCUGGUAUCGAACCCUGAUUGUGCUGAGCUCACUGCCUUUCAGGUCUCACUGCACAUAACUGUGUGUCUAAUGAACCUCAACUGCAGCUUGGAUCCCUUUAUCUACUUCUUUGCCUGUAAGGGCUACAAGAGGAAACUCCUGAAGCUGUUGAAGCGGCAGGUCAGCGUAUCCUUCUCCAGUGCAGUGAGGACUUCACCUGAAGGAUCCUCCAAGGAUAUUAUUGAUGGCAACAAGAUCCAACUCACCACUUCGACUGUAGGUACAACCAGUGAGAGACUCACAGAGAGGAGAUUACACCGGCAUGAAUAAAACUGUGACACCAAGAGUUACACAAGAUAAGAGAAACUUUUUAAUCUCAGUGGGCCUACAUCGAUCAGGCCAAGUCAGUUUGUGACUCAAAUUGUAACUCAGCAUGUGGAUCCAUUCUGUAGGAAUUCAGUUGUAUUGGACCAGAUCUAUUUACACGAGGGAAGGUUAAUAAAAUAUCAACAAAAUGACUGAAAAUUUUAAGAGGACAAAAUGCAGUACCUCUUGUGUUUACAUCAUUUCUAAUUAAUUAGUCCAUUGUGCAAGAAAGCAGAGACUGUUACAGCUAAGGAAAGAAACAUUGCUUACCAGUACCUUGAGAGGUAGCUAAGGAAAGCAUGGUGGAAGUAGACCGUCAACUGAUUAAGAGCUGGAGGAGAUUAUUUAAGAAAGACAAGUUGACAUGAAGUCUUACCCACAUUCAAAUUUCAUUGCUUGUGCUGAUUGGAAAAUAAUGUGUACAUGUAUGUGAAGAGGUGUAUUCCUAAAGGCAGUACACUCACUUGAAAGCAACAACUAUUUGCAACCGCACAGUGACCUCACAUCUGAGCCCAUCCUCAUCCUCCAAAAUGAUGGAAAGCCUUUUUGCCUCAUGUUUCUGUACACAGCAGCAGUAUCUCAGGAUAAUUGAUGAACUGUACACUCAUUAUUGCAGCCUGCUUGCCAGCUGAAGAGAUUGCAGAAGCGCCUUAUAUUUGUUUGCUUACCAUGUAUUUCCAUUUAUUUUCCAUGAUAAAAGUGGGUGUGGUUGAUAAUGUAAUGUA